AUGAGCACAUCAAAGUUUUCCGCGGAAGCGAAGGCCAACAUGGUCGUUAACCUUGAACUUGAGCUCAAUGCCCGUAAGGAUAAACUCGCAGCUAUGUGCGAUGCCCAAGUUGCAAGUCUCCGGUCCCGACUAGAACGACGUGUCAACCGAGUUCCAAGCAAUAAGCGCAGCCUCAAAAUUGUAGACCUCGUGAAUGCAACCCACGGCACAAAAUCGACAGUUGCGAGAAACCAACCAGCUCAUCUCCACGGCCGCAGAGCACCGCCCAAAUCCCAUCAACCUGAUGGAACUGCCGCAGCAACACGAGUACUCACAUCAGGUGAACCACCAGCACAUACUGUAGCAAGCAAGCGAGCAGUUUCCAAAAUGAAUGCGACAACAAAACCCUCCACUACUAGCAGGGUGGCCUCAAAAUCUACCCGAGGUACGAAGAGGACGAGUGAUGAGAUAUCGGGCGAGGACAAGGAGAACAACACUGAGCCGCGUCCCCUACCGAAGAUGCGAAUAGUCAAGAAGGCAAAAAGUGCUACUGCCAGCGCUACUACUGGUACAACUGGCGCUACAGGAACAGCGUCCACUGCAACGCGUGCAGCGCGGACGACACGAGCAGCCUCAAAGCAUGUCAAUACCGCAACCCAGGUUCUGUCACCGAAGACAAGCAAUUCGCGCCCUGCAACACGUGCGCGACGCCAGCGAUAG